AUGGCUAAAAUUAACAUUGCGAUUGAUGGUCCAGCCGGUUCAGGAAAAACAACCUUAGGAAAAAAACUAGCACAAAAAAUCAACUACCAUUUUAUUGACAGCGAACUUUUCCUCCAAGAAUUAAAAAGGCAAAAGAACAUUUUAAGCCAACCAGAAAUCGGUAAUCUGGCUUCCCAAUAUGCACCAAUUAAAGAAUUGCGUUUAAUCAAUUACCAAUUAAUCAGAAGUUUAGUUAAAGAUAAAGGAUUUGUAGUUAGUGGCAGGGACAUUACUUUUAAAGUUCUGCCUGAAGCAGAAAUAAAAAUUUUCUUAACAGCUGAUUUAGCAACUAGAGCCAAAAGAAGAUACCUUCAGCUCCAAGACGAAAAUAAAAAAUUAACAUUGGCUGAAGUAGAAAAGGAUUUGAAAGAAAGAGAUCGACGUGAUCAAGCCAACAUUUCAACUGCCGAAGCAAUUGGUUGGAAAAUUGAUACAACUAACCUAAAUUAUGAUGAAAGCCUAGAAAAAUUAUAUAAUUUAUACAAAAACAAUGUUUAA